AUGAUCCACACCACAGAACAAAGACACGAACUAACGCGAUUGCAGGCGUCCGAGUCGGAGCGUUUGCCUGUCUGGUCGAAGGCGAGGAGGUCAGGGGCCCUCGAGAGCCCAGCUGUCAUGAUGCCCACAAGCACGAGAGCCACGCGGUCGCGAUUCUCCAGCCCGCACCAGCACGCCAACGGAGGAACGGAACCAGCCAAGAAAACGAAUGGGACGAGCGAGGCCUCGAGGACCUUCAUGCAGAAAUGGUUGGAGCCGACGGUGCAAAGCAAGCCAAGCUUCGAGGAGGCUGGAUUGGUGCGAUACGGCGUCACGGAGAACAUGGCGCCCCUCGGGUCCCUUCCUAAAGCACAGGCGACGAAGAAGCAGGGUCAGGAUGGCGCGGGACCCGUCAGGAAGAUCAUCCUAAAGUCGAGCUCAGCAAGUUCGGCGGCGGCGGCGGCGGCGGCGGCAGCAGCAGCGGCGGCGGCAGGUACGGAAGGUGCGGCAGGUGCGGCGGCGGCAGCAGCAGCAAAGCGCUCAGAAACACCACCCUCGUUCCUUCCAUCGCCUUCACCACCACCUCCUGCCGUGGUUCAGAAAGCUUCAAAAAAAAUUCUGCCUGCUCGGGGCCUGUAUGACGACGAAGAGGACGAGGACUGCACGCCCAAAGCAGCCACUGGAAAGGGCCUGGGUCGCCGUGCAUCUGCCUCACAGAAAAGCCUGUCGCGCUCCUCGGUAGGUCAUCGCGCAUCAUCGUCGGUUCGUCAAGUAGUGCCCUCUAGCGACGCCGUGCAGCCUUCAGAACCGACAUCCGAGAACAAGGAGCUUGUCGAAAAGGCCGUCGAGGUCGCCGUCAACGAAGCGCUCCGGCACUAUCGCUAUCCCACUGCGUGGGCACUCCGGACCCUCUACGACGAAAAUUCUUCCGACCCAGACUUCCUGUCCAUGCUGGAGGACGUCUACAACCAAAAAGCCGACGAAGACACUCUCGACGAGUUUUCGCGCCUUAUCGAGAACAAAAAGAGAGAAGGCAAGAAGGAUAACCAGGCUUGCUACUAUUUUGUACCCCCUUCCACCGUCUCUCGCUUCACCCCUCACAAGCCUAAGCCGGCACCUUACGGCCACCUCCUUGUCAAGUCUGAGGAUCAGGAAGUCACGCCGACUAAAAAUCCUGGCAAGUACAGCAAGGCAUCGGAAUCUUCCCUUGACGAAAUGGACCUGGACGACGAGUCUACCCUACUGGCGGCCGAGACGACCAUGGCUCCCACGACGCCGUUGCGCAAGCGCGCCCGGAGGGACUCUGCAAGCAGCGACUCGUCGCUGUCGGAGCUUUCAGCGUCUCCGUCGCUGCCCCCCGACUCACCUUCUCCCAGCUCUCCGCCCGUCCCCGCCGGAUGCCAGCAAGGGGACAGCCACAGUCGCCCUCACAGUGCCAAGACGCCUGCCACGGCCGCUGUCGCCGACACCGAGGCCACCUCGACCAGCGCACCACCACCAAUCGACCUUCAGCCAAUGAAGAGACGCGGCAGAUCCGUCGCUGCUAAGACGAGCGUGUCUGACGCAUCCAACCCAAACUCACCCACCCUCCCCCCAAACAUAUCUCAAGCUGCAGGGGCUGGCAACAUGCCUGGUCGACUUUCUUCGCCCAUCUUCCCCAACCUUUCGUCGACGGCACCACCAUCGAAGCCGGCUGGCAAGAAGAACGGCAACAAGGACAAGGCUCCCCGCGUAUUGCAGAGCGACGAUGCAACCUCCGCACGCAGAAGAAAUGCACGCGAUAGUACCAUCAGCCAGACGCCCCAGCCCGAGAGCCACAUCCGCGGAUCGGACAUGAGAAGCAGGGCCGGUUCCGUGGCUGCCUCGUCGCCAGCGGUGAACCUGCGCAAGUCGACCCGUACGCCCGCUCCUAACCCGAGCCUCAAUCUGAUCCUGAGCACGAGGACCACGAGAUCGGCCAAGAGGACUCACGACGAGAUUGACAGCACCAGCUCUCCGACCGCGCCGUCAUUCCUCGGAGACCUCACGCCAACGGCGAGCUCCAGGGCUGCGACGCCUACAAACCUUCGUCCAACGAAGAAGCAGCGGACCGGUCUGCGCAUCAAAACUUCGCCUAUGAAGAAGAAGGGAGGAACCGCGGCUGGUGUGCCCCGAGCUAGCGGCGAGGGCGGUGCAUCCACGGUCAACGGAGGCCCAACGAACCAAGACGAGAACGACGACUAUUGCUCGGCGUGCGGUGGUGUCGGGGAUCUCGUGUGCUGCGAAAAUUGUUCCAGAUCGUUUCAUUUCGAGUGUGUUGACCUUGGCCUGGGCGACACCCUCCCCGAGGAGUGGUUUUGCAAUGUCUGUUCCAGCAACAGAUACCCAGCCAGGGUCCCCGAUCACCAGGGUGCCUUUGGCGGUUUGCUAAACAGUCUGGAGAAGACCAAUCCUCGAGCCUUCAAGCUGCCUCACCGUGUUCAGGUGUACUUUGAGGGCGUCAAGGUCGGUCCUGAGGGCGAGUAUGAGGAUAUCGUGGUACCGACUAAGCCCAAGAAGAAAGGGUAUGAAGAAACCCCAGACUUCUUCAAGAUUCGGGAUGGAGAUGGCUCUGCUGUUCUCUGCCAUAAUUGCCAACUCCCAGCAGCCGACAAUCGCGCCAUCCUUCCCUGCAGUCAAUGCAGCCUUUACUGGCAUUUGGACUGCCUUGACCCUCCCCUGGCAAUCCCGCCUGUUUUGCGGACAUGGCGUUGCCCGAUGCACGCAGACGAUCUAUUGGCUGAGUUGCCCAAAGAACUUGCACCUGCUCACCGCUUCCGGAAGAUCAAAGGAGCUCCUGCCAUCACCCCAGCCUUCAGCCGUGGCAUGAAGAACAAUGGCAUCAUUGAGAUUGAAGAUGAAGAGUCUGAGGAUGAAGCGACAGGCUGGAAUGAUGUGAAGACUUUUGGCCGUGUAUACAAGUUACCUGCCAAAGGCAUAGUCCUUGACUUCAUUUCUCAGCUUCGAAAAGAUGGUGCUGGCUACAUCAAUAGUUCACCGACUUCAGCCAAUACCCAGCCACCGCCACAGCCACAGCCAGUCACUCUGUCCCUGGACACUCGUUCGCGUGUGGAGCAGCAGACAGCACUCAACUUAGUUGAAUUGGCAUCCAGCCAGCCAACUACUAAGCUUGACGAUCUCAUGCAGGCCUUGCUGACAACUGCCGAUCCAGCUAUCCUCUCUCUUAUAGCACGCGGCAGUGCUGACAAUUUUGCCCGCGGCGAAAUUAGUGAUGCAGACAGACAAAGUCUUCAAGCAAUGCUGGCCCAGAUGGACGCAAUGUCCAACAGAAUCAGAGGCCUACUUGGAGCUAGUCCGCCAGAUGCUGGUGCACACAGCGCUGAGGGUUGCCAAAACACACUUGGCGGCGGCGAUAUUGACGGCGCCGAAAGCGCUCAGGGCGAUAUUCCCUCGUUGAAAAAUGAGUCUGUUGAGCCUCCUGCCGACUUGCCUACGCCUGCAACCACCACACAGGACAAUCCAGAGACUUUCAACAGCUUGGGUGAGAAGUCAUCUCAAGACGUACCUAACGACACAAACGACGACGAUGUGCCCAUCAUGGAUAUUGAUUAG